UCACAGCACUGUUUUGCAGCACUACCCCAUUUUAGAACAUCCUCACGCACGCACACACAGAAUUUUCCUAGGUGAUUAAAAGUGAGUGAAAAUUGAGGAUUUCCACACGCGUCGCACGCUAUCGGUCACCAAGCCAGUGAGAUAGCUGUCACUGCCACCGCUGCAGCACUUUUCACACGCUCCUGGGCAGAAGGAUAUGAGCGCGCCGAGCAACAAAAUGUCGGCCACCGAUCAGAUGCGAGCAAUGCUGGACCAGCUUAUGGGUACCACACGGAAUGGCGACGAGCGCCAGCUGAAAUUCUCUGACCCCAGGGUCUGCAAGUCCUUUCUGCUCGACUGCUGUCCGCACGACAUCCUGGCGUCCACGCGCAUGGAUCUCGGUGAGUGUCCCAAAGUGCAUGACCUGGCUUUCCGCGCAGAUUACGAAAGUGCUGCCAAGACGCGCGACUACUACUACGACAUUGAGGCCAUGGAACACCUGCAGGCCUUUAUCGCCGACUGCGAUCGACGCACCGACUCCGCCAAGCAACGGUUGAAAGAGACCCAGGAAGAGCUGACCGCUGAGGUGGCCGAGAAGGCCAAUGCCGUCCAUGGCCUCGCCGAGGAGAUUGGCAAAAAGUUGGCCAAGGCCGAGGCGCUCGGCGAGGCCGGCGAAGUGGAGGACAGCAUGGAGCUGAUGAAGGAGAUCGAGGAGCUGCGUGCUAAGAAGAUCAAGGCCGAGCACGAGUACCGCACCUCUAUGCCCGCAUCCACCUACCAGCAGCAGAAGUUGCGCGUCUGCGAGGUCUGCUCCGCCUACCUCGGGAUUCACGACAACGACAUCCGUCUGGCGGACCACUUUGGUGGUAAGUUACAUCUCGGAUUCCUCACCAUCAGAGAGAAGCUGAUCGAACUGGAGAAGACGGCGGCGCCGCGAAAGGCGGAGCUCAAGCGGACGGGUAAGAUGACGGACCGGGAAGACGAGGGCCGCGGACGCAAUCGCUACUUUGUAGGUGGUCGUGAACUGGACCGCCGCUCUCGAGUGCAUCGUUCCCGCUCCAGAGAACGUCAGCGCAACCGGGAUGGGGACCGCGAGCGCCCCAACAACGGACGCGGGCCUGAGGAGAAGGGCAGUGAGCGACCCAAGGAAACGGCAGAUCCGGAGAGAGCCGAAAGGGCACCAGAUCGUGGAGGACGGCGAGACGACAAGGACAACCACGGCAGGGAUCAUCGCGAACGGGAACGCGACGGCAGGCGGGAUCGGGAGCGACAUGGACGCAACGACAGAGGACGCUUUGGUGACAGAGGCGGCGGUGGAGGAGGCGGUGGCCAUCACCGUGACGACAGACGCCGCUCAAGGUCCAGGGAACGCUCGCCACGCGAACGCCGCAACUUCAACCACUUCAGGGAUGGUGGUGGCGGCGGCGGAAAUGGCCAGCGCAAACGCUCCUACUCCCGUGAGCGCAACUACCGCCGCUAGGCUAGAAUCCCGCCCAGCGCACGUACGUAGCAUUAAUCACAUGAACUAUAAUGCCACCACAAAUUGAACUACUGAAAACAACAGGAACCGAAUAUUCUUAGCGUAACCAAUAAAGCAACCUAGAGCCACACUGUCGACGCUCCAAUAUGAAGAUACAACUACCUUUGUACAUUUUUAAUAAUUUAAUUGAUUUCUAUUUUUCAUCUUGCGUUCCAACCUCUAACGACCGAAUAAAGCAGACAAACUUUUGUUUGUUACUACCCCAAAGUAAACCGAACGCAGCCUAAGACCCCAGCCUCAAUAAAAACUUUAAGAGAAACGAUAUACUCGAUAUAAUGCGAUUGAAAUUAUAUAGUCCCCCCCGUCCAGUCCAGUGUACUUGGCACGUAGAGACAGAAACCCAAACAGAAAAUAGAAAUCCCAACGAAUCCGCGGUGUUGUCAAUUAUAGUUCAGUUCAUAGUAAUUCGGUUAGGACACAGCGGCAGUAACUAAUUUAUAAAGAUUCAGAGCAGGAGAAACGUUUAUAAUAUUUGAUAUUUUGUGUGUUGUAUAGCUAGCUACAAGUUGGUAACACUGACUGAAACCCAACCAAACCUGACCACAUUCGACCAUGUACUCUUCUCAGCUAACGAUCACGUUCACCCAGUCGAAGUCAACGUGUGUUGUGCAUCGCUGUCGUCCCGCUUUGGGGUAAGCCGCCACCAUAUUUAACUCUGACACACUCCAUCACUGCUCUGAUCUGAUUUCAUUUGAUAUGAUUUGAUUUGAUUUGUAACCCCAAAGCGUUCUCUACUUGAAGUUCCGUUCCACACUUUCGCAGCCGCUUAAACUCUCGCACAGCUUCGGUACGUAUUGAGUAUGGCGAGGUGACUAUAUCCAUUAUAUCAGACCAAUGUUAGUUGUUUUGGCAGAUAUGCGUAUUACAUAGAUAAUCCAGAUAAUAUAGCUUGGGUACGUAUCCAUACCGGCCGACGACGUUUCCUUUCGAAUCGUCGAAUGAGAGUGUCGUUUAUUUAUUCGGUUCUGGGUACGUAUUAUUGUUAGAAGAUCGCGACUGUGGUACGUAUGCAUAUAACGACAAUAAUGGUGCCCCAUAAGCAAACCAGGCUCUGUAGGGUUCUCGGCGAUCCAGAUCCCAACGUACGUAUUCCUCCUCCUCUCUCUCUCUUGAAAAUAAAUAAUCAAAACUACAAUCACUACAAACCCAAAUAAAUUUUAAUCUCGUAGCUGUUUAGAGGCAAUUGACUUAAAAUCCGUUUCUUACUAAAUCUCUGUUUAUCUUGCCAAAUGAUACUUGAGCCACAGAAUCGAUGCCGCCGCGGGGCGCAGAUCAGUACUGUACAUGCCUAUAUGAUGAUGUGAGUAUUCGGGACACUAAUCUCUGAUUACAAUCAAGCAAAUACCAAAUUUAAUCAUCGAUGACGGCUUGGUUUCUUGGUUUGAUUUUUUCGGCAGCCAAGGAUUUAGAGUGGGAUUAUGAGAGCAGUGUAAAGAGUUGUUUGUGUUUGGCCCUGACAGUGGGUAAGAAUCGAUCGAUAAUGCCAACUGAUUUUUAACUACCAUAUAUCUAUUAACAAUACCUAUUGUUUUAUCUACGCCUAAGUCAACACACUGUUCUACACACUUUUAAGUUAUACACCCACACACGACACACUCUUAUAAGAUAUAAAUUAAAACUAAUCUUUAUGGAUCUAAGCGGAAUGUAAUAAAAUUGCACUUGAAUUAUCGCCGA